CCACUGCUUCAUCUGUUUUUGCUCCUCCUCCGUCCUCCCUCCCUCCUUUCCACUCUUUUGAUGUAAAUUGUAACUGAAGACUUGAAAGAAAACACCAACUACUCCCUGCUUGUUUUUUGUCCUCUGUAAAGCUGUCCAGUUUUUUUUCUCUCCAAUGCUCGUCGCCAGCAAGCAGUUGAGUAUCGGUCGCUCCCACAGUUGGGACACCCUGGGGGGGAAUGAGGGUCAGUGGGCCGGGGGAGAAAGCGUGUAUGACCAACAAGGCAGGAUAGCGGGUCGACGAAACUCGCUGUCUUACGGGGCAGAGGGAGGAGGUUACUAUGAGACUCCCCCUGGGAUGCGUCCUCCGGACCUGGAUCUGAAACGAGACCCCUACUCCUACCAAGACUCUCUGUACAGUCAGCAAGGCUACGCUACCGAUCCCCGGGGAAUGAGAAAGGGCUCAGUCCCUGAGCUAAACAACUACGACCGUCCACCCAUGGCUAAUAAUCACCGAGGAUUCAUCGCCUCCCAGGACUAUUAUCCCCAUGACCCUGCUAUGGCUCCCCGACCACCAGAGGACCCCCGGGGCUUCUACCGGGUGGAGCAUCAGACUCAGGAGCAGCCUCACCCGCUCAGCAGAUCCCCGUCCCACUACGGGAUGAACCCAGUGGGACGCCCACCAUGGGACCAGGGACAGGGAGGGAGGCCCUUACCUCCGGGUCCUUCGUCUUCUUCUCCUCUUCCUCCUCGCCCUCUUCUGCCAACUACCCAUUGCAUUAACCAGGUUUACAAUCAGCCUGCAGCUGUAGCUGCAACCGCCACUGCCAAUAUGAUGCCAGAUGGCCAAAGCUCUCCUGCUCACUAUGGAAUGGAACAACCCUCUUCACCUCGUUACACUUCUGAGCCAACCCCUCUAGCCGGCCAGACAGUCUAUACCGACAUCAACGGCCAUCCCGUGGACCCUCGGCAGCAGCCUGCAGCCACCUGCCUGGUGGUGGACCCUAACACUCAGGGGCUGGAUGGGAGCAUACAGCAGCGAGGUAUGAUGAUAAGGCAGGAGUGCACAUUGCCCUACAGCGUUCAACAACAACAAGCUCCGCAGCCCAACAUGCAGGUCUACAACCCCAACCCUCCUAUCGCCGCCCCUGUUCCUGCACCUGUUCCUGCCCCUCUACCUAUCCCACCUGCCCCUGUAGCUCCCCCUCCACCUCCCACAGCCCACCAGACACCUGGAGCUCCAGUGGAUCACAAGAGGAACGCCGACCCAGAGUUCCUGGCUCUUCUUCGAAACGAGGGUCUCUCAGAGAGUACCAUCUCCUCACUCAUCCAGCAGGGCUUUGACACAACCGGCAUGCUGGCAGUCAUGGAGGAGAAUGACGUACGUUCAGUGGCUCCCAACCUAGGGCAGGCGCGGGUGCUGUCAAGGGUGGCCAUCAGCGUCAAGAGGCCCUUAGAGCCCCCUCCCACGCCCCAGCAACAGGCCCACAUGCGGGGCCGCUCCAACAGCUUCAGCCACCGCUCUGACAUGUACCUCCAGCAGCAGCAGCAGGCCAUGGGCAUGGACCCCCGGCUGAUACCACCACAGACCCCUGGUACCAUGCAGACCAUCUCCCCCACCAUGGCUGAGGCCUUGGCCAGGAGGCCCAACAGUGCUCCCUCUCAGCAACUUCUGGAAAAUACACAGGGCUACCCAGGACCUCGUACCCCAGGGACCUACAAUGGUGCCAUGGUCCCUGUCCAGUCCCGGCCCAUGUCUGCAUUCUCCCAACACCCGGGUGUCCCCAUGACGCCGGGCAUGCAGAUGAUGGGUGCCAUGCCCCAGCAGAUGCAAGCCAUGCAACAACAGCAAAUGCCAGUGUGCAUGCCUGCCCAGCCAUCACCUCAGCAGGCCCCAAGGGCAUACUCCACCAACUACACAGUGCCCAUGGAGCUGAUGAAACGGGACCGCAGCCUGCAACCCGUGCACAGCGCCCACCCCAGCCCUCAGAUGGUACGCAAGGCUGGGGGCACCCCGUCCGAUGGAUCCAUGAUGCCAGUGGGUACCAGCAUGCAGAACCAGAGUGCUAUGGCCACCAACCAGAAGCUUAGCCGCCGUACUGGCCCACCUGUCAUCGUCUCCACCAUGGCAUCACCAGAUACAAGUAUCCGUCCCCAGAUCAUGAAUGGGCCCAUGCACCCUCGCCCCCUAGUGGCCCUGUUGGAUGGACGUGACUGUACAGUCGAGAUGCCCAUCCUCAAAGACCUGGCCACUGUCGCCUUCUGUGAUGCCCAGUCCACACAGGAGAUCCACGAGAAGGUGCUGAACGAGGCAGUAGGGGCCAUGAUGUACCACACCAUCACCUUGACCAGAGAAGACCUGGAGAAAUUCAAGGCUCUACGCAUUAUCAUCCGCAUCGGCAGCGGCUACGACAACAUCGACAUCAAGGCAGCCGGAGAGAUGGGCAUCGCGGUGUGUAACAUCCCAUCGGCGGCGGUGGAGGAGACAGCAGACUCCACUCUGUGCCACAUUCUCAACCUGUACCGGCGGAACACAUGGCUGUACCAGGCGCUCCGGGAGGGCACACGGGUCCAGAGCGUGGAGCAGAUCAGAGAGGUGGCAUCCGGAGCCGCCAGGAUCCGAGGAGAAACGCUGGGCCUCAUUGGCUUUGGUCGUUCAGGGCAGGCGGUGGCGGUGCGGGCCAAGGUGUUUGGCUUCAACGUGAUCUUCUACGACCCGUACCUGCAGGACGGUCUGGAGCGUUCGCUGGGUGUUCAGCGUGUCUACACCCUGCAGGACUUGCUCUACCAGAGUGACUGUGUCUCCCUGCACUGCAACCUGAAUGAACACAACCACCACCUCAUCAACGACUUCACCAUCAAACAGAUGCGCCAGGGUGCGUUUCUGGUUAACUCUGCGCGGGGAGGUCUGGUGGAUGAGAAGGCCUUGGCUCAGGCCCUGAAAGAGGGCAGGAUACGGGGAGCCGCCCUGGAUGUCCAUGAGUCAGAACCCUUCAGUUUUACCCAGGGUCCUCUGAAGGAUGCUCCUAACCUGAUCUGUACUCCUCACACGGCCUGGUACAGUGAACAGGCCUCGCUGGAGAUGAGAGAGGCAGCCGCCACAGAGAUACGCAGAGCCGUCACUGGCCGUAUUCCUGACAGUUUACGAAACUGUGUCAACAAAGAGUUCUUUGUUACCACGGCUCCUUGGACAGUGGAACAGCAGCAAAUGCACCCCGAACUCAACGGUGCCGCGUACAGCCGAGUCAACCAAACCAUGGUACAGGCCAUAGGAACGGGGGGAAUGCAAGACAAAUUAUAUACCUAAUAGAGAACCAGGUACCCCCCUGGUGUGGCCUCUGGUGGGAUCCAUGGGCCAAUGGAGGGGAUGGUGCCUGGGGGGGUGACAAUCGCCCACACCCUGCCCUCCGGUACCCACCCCUCCCAGGCCCCGUCCCCCAACCAACCCUACCAAAACGGGGAGCCCAUGACAGAGCACAUGACCGAGCCAUAACUCUGCAUCCAGAGACAAAGGAGUUCAUAAAUACACAACUGAUCCACCCACUCAUCGACCAGCAGACUGAUCGUUAGGGUUCACACAACACCGGAACCAAGUGGGGACAGUGAAUAUAUUCACAACUGCUUCUCCAAAGUGGGGACCGUCAAAACUCAUGUUCCAAGGAUCCUCUUAUUUUAAUUUUUUUUUUAUUCCUGUUUUCUGGGACACGUUGUUACCGCAUGCCAGAGUUAAGGCCCGUCCACCUUGACUGACCCACCAAUAAGAGAGCUUGGAAGGACAAUGACAUCAUCUGUUACUUGCCUUCCUCUAACUCCACCCUGCCCCAUUCCAUCAUUUCAGUUCACGUGUGUCUAUUUGUCUUUCCUCUGUUCUGAGACCACCCUACAAAUGAAUAUGUCUUUCUCUUCUUCAAUGUGAAAAAAGAAAUUAAGAAAUGACAUAGUUGUCAGACAAGUAGAAAAAGACAAUUGGUGUUACCAAUGCCAUCAGCAGUCUCAAUGGGGACCUCUAAACCCUGUCCUAGUCCAUCUCUCACCCUGUAGGUUGCUGGUUCCUGAAUGUACAGAAAGGAUUUGAUGGACACACCAGGGUUGCCAGAUCUCUUGAGUCUCAUGACCAGUACGAGAACAAUAAACCCAAAUUUAAGUGAAUAUGGGACCUGAAACCGUUUGAAUUUGUCCAUUGUGAACAUCUCUCAACCCCUGAGAACACCCAAUAUAUUAUAGAGAAGAUUUUCAUCUGGUAAACUCCUUUUAGACAUCUAGUUUCUCUGAAGAGCUGCUUCAAAGCUCCAGGGGAUUGAGAGACUUGCUGUAAAGGUCAUUAUCGCAAUCUUAAGACCAUGUAAACUUUUAACUGUUGAUUCAUUGACUUUCAUUCCAACUCCGGAUUCAGUAAUCAUGUGGUGGUCUGUCACUAAAAUAUUGAAAUAAGAAAUGCAUGCAAAAGCCAUUCUAACUGUUAAAAGCACCUGCUUUUACAUGGACCUCCACAUCAUGGAUUUGGACAUUGUCACAGGUGUUUGUAUGCUAGAGGGCUCUCUUAAAAUGUCCAUUUUUUUUUCUCUCACCAAAAGGACCUACACAGUAGCACCAGCCAGACAGGAAAGGGUUUGGAAAUUGAGGUUACUGACUCAGGAAAAAUAACUUUUGCAGAUAUAAUCUUUUUCCCCAAAUUGUCUGAAAGAAAAAAAGUCUGGAUCGUUCUGCGUGUUUCCACCUUUUCUUCAUUGUGGUAUUUUUAUAAAUCAAACCUCUGUUUUUUGGUGUUCAAGGUUUUUGCAGAGUCCUGUUAGAUUUGUAUUGCCUAGUUAAAUGUUCUUAUAAUCAUAGUCUUAUGUGAACCAACCCCCCUCCCCUGUUCUUAUAAUGAAAGCCAGUUGGAGCUCUUGGAGGCAUCGUGCACUCUGUGAGCAACAUCCCUAGUGCUCUGACUUUAGCAAGACAAGGCUACUAACAGAUUGUUUGGUUUUUAGUGUGAGUAUUUGUACAAGGUGAUCUAUAAAAUUCAGUGCAGUUCAAAUAAAAACAAUGCUGUUCUAUCA